GCCUUUCAGCGAGCAACGUUCAAGUCAGCAGCAUCAACGGCAGCAGCAACCACGGAAGAGUGGUCCGGCAUCGCCUUGCUGGAAUUGUGGCGCGAUGCACUAUGCACGAGACUGCACUUUCGCCAACCAUAAGUGUUCGUCCUGUCAACAGUUGGGACAUAAGGAAGGCUAUUGUUCCAGCGCCAGGAGAUCAGCCAAGGGUAGGAGAUCCAACGAUAAGCAGUUCUCCACCAAAACCGUCGUGUCCGUCAACAGCGUUCAAGGCAAGCGCCGUUUCGUUUGGGUAAAACUCAACAACAUCCCGGUGCGACUUCAGUUGGACACAGCAUCCGACAUCACCAUCGUGUCAAAGGAGGUGUGGGAGCGAAUUGGUAAGCCAGUAGCAGUCCCCACUUUGCAAAACGCCAAAACUGCAUCCGGGGAGGACCUCCGCCUCGAAUUUGAGUUCCUCUGCGAAGUUUCCCUCAACGAAUCCGUGAGUACUGGUCACAUUUACGUUUCUAAUAAUCCGUUGAAUCUUUUGGGGAUCGAUUUCAUCGACAAACUGGACCUCUGGUCGUUACCGAUGGACAAGUUUUGUAAUCUCGUCAACGGUGAUGUGCCAGUCGACGCCGGUUCACUGCAGAAGGUCUAUCCUGAACUCUUCAGCCCGACCCUGGGACUCUGCACAAAAACCAAAGUGAGUUUGGCACUGAAGGAGGCAUGCAAACCUGUUUUUCGGCCUAAGCGGCCGGUGUCAUACGCCAUGCUACCCACUGUCGACGCGGAGCUUGAUCGAUUGGAAGGUCUGGGCAUAAUAACACCAGUGGAUUUUUCGGAGUGGGCGGCUCCGAUCGUCGUUGUUAGGAAGUCGAACGGGAGCAUCCGGAUAUGUGGCGAUUACUCCACGGGGUUGAACGACCGCCUACUCCCCCACCAGUACCCUCUACCCUUGCCGCAGGACAUUUUCUCGAAGUUGACUGGCUGCACCGUUUUCAGUCAGAUAGACUUGUCCGACGCUUUCCUUCAAAUGGAAGUCGACGAAAGCAGCCGGAAACUACUCACCGUCAAUACUCACCGGGGCUUGUACCAAUACAACAGGCUUCCUCCGGGAGUCAAAGCAGCUCCUGGAGCUUUCCAACAAUUGAUGGACGUUAUGCUGGCCGGACUUCCUUUCACGUCGGGAUACCUCGAUGAUGUCAUCGUCGGAGGCAGAACCGUUGAGGAGCAUCGACGAAAUUUGCAUGCAGUUCUCCAACGGAUCCAGGAAUUCGGCUUCACGAUCCGUCCAGAAAAGUGCUCUUUUGGGCAAGAACAACUCGGAUAUUUGGGCCUUUUGCUCGAUAAAGAUGGUCUGCGCCCAGAUCCGAACAAAAUUAAGGCAAUCCAGGAUAUGCCACCGCCACGCGACCUUACGGGUGUCCGCUCCUUCUUGGGCGCCGUUAGUUAUUACGGGAAAUUCGUCCCGAAUAUGCGUUCACUGAGAUACCCGCUGGAUGAACUUCUCAAGUCUUCUUCUACCUUUAGGUGGACUGCUCAAUGCCAGAAAGCUUUUGACGACUUCAAGGCGAUUCUCUCGUCGGACCUUUUGUUGGCACACUACGAUCCCCGUCAAGAAAUAGUGGUGUCAGCUGAUGCGUCGUCGAUUGGCAUUGGGGCUACCAUCAGUCACAAGUACCCUGAUGGCAAAAUGAAGGUUAUCCAGCAUGCGUCACGGGCAUUGACGACCACCGAAGAGAAGUACUCGCAACCAGACCGUGAAGGAUUGGCGAUUGUGUUUGCCGUGACCAAAUUUCACAAGUACAUCUUCGGCAGACACUUUCGACUACAAACGGAUCAUGCUCCACUCUUGCGCAUCUUCGGGUCCAAGAAGGGUAUACCAGUGUAUACAGCUAAUCGCCUUCAACGCUGGGCCCUUACCUUGCUCUCCUACGACUUUUCGAUGGAAUAUGUCUCAACCGAUAAAUUCGGAAAUGCAGAUGUGCUGUCGCGCCUGAUUGAUCAGCAUAUCAAACCCGACGAAGAUUUUGUGGUAGCCUGUACAACACUCGAAGAAGACCUGAAAUCCGUAGCCACCAGUACAGUCAGCCAACUGCCACUAAGUUUCCGAAUGGUGGAGCAAGCUACUCGAUCCGAUCCAGUCCUUCGGAAGGUGUACCGUUUCGUCAAACACGGAUGGCCGAAGAAACGUUCGGAUGUGAAGAACAAGGAGUUACUGCGCUACUACGAUCGCCAAGAAGCACUGUCCAUCGUCGAAGGAAUCAUCAUGUUCAGCGACAGGUUGGUUAUCCCGGCCCUCUACAGGAAGCGGUGUCUGGUCCAAAUGCACAAAGGGCAUCCAGGGAUUCAACGAAUGAAGGCUGUGGCGCGCAGUUUUGUCUACUGGCCUUGUCUCGACGAGGACAUCAUCGACCACGUACGAGCUUGCCACGGCUGUGCCUCUGCAGCAAGAUCUCCGCCAAAAGUUACACCAGAACCGUGGCCCAAACCAACGGUUCCAUGGCAGAGAAUACAUGUCGACUACGCUGGCCCACUGGAGGGCGAGUUCUAUCUGGUGACCGUGGAUGCAUACAGCAAGUGGCCGGAGAUUUUCCCAACCAAGUCCAUCACUUCGAAAGCUACAAUCAACCUCCUUCGAAGCCUAUUUGCCAACAAGGGAAUGCCUCAAGUCCUAGUGUCAGAUAAUGGCACGCAGUUCACUAGCGCCGAGUUCAAGCAGUUCUGCAGCGAAAACGGAGUGGAGCACGUAACAACAGCACCAUUCCACCCGCAAUCCAACGGCCAAGCCGAAAGGUUUGUAGACACGUUUAAGCGGGCGGUCAAAAAAGUCCAAGACGGAGAAGGUUCCAUCAAAACGGCAUUGGAUACAUUCCUGCUAGCGUACAGAACUACUCCAAACCCAAACACACCAGAUGGAAGAUCGCCUGCAGAGCUGAUGUACAAUCGUCGGCUUAGAACAUCGUUGGAACUUCUGCGUGCGCCACGGAACCAAGCAACAUCUACGGAUGUGGACGCAGAUCACCAAUCAAGAUCGUUCGUACCGAAAGACGCCGUCUAUGCAAAAGUCUACGCCAACAAUAAGUGGACUUGGGCUCCAGGAACAGUUGUGGAAAGGAUCGGCCGAGUAAUGUAUAACGUUUGGAUUAACGACAGGAAGUUGAUCCGAUCUCACGUGAACCAGCUCAGAAGCCGAGGUACAACUACCCUUCGAACGAAUAAGAAGCAUAUUCUACCGCUGGAAAUUUUGCUGAGUGAGUGCAACUUAGUCAAGCCAUCAACGAUUUGCCAUCCAGCUCAGACAACACCCUCGCCGGAGUCCCUACGAGACCUACCAACUCGGGUGUCGUCUUCAGAAUCGCCAUCGUCAUCGAGUGAAGCAAGUUCGUCCUCUUCAACAACGACGUCAUCGGCUGGUUUCCAAUCAGCAGUCGAAUCAUCGCCAGCGAUCCUAGUCCCUCGUCGAUCUUCUCGCAUCAGAAGACCGCCGCAGCGGUUCAACGCCUAUCGGCGAUAUUAAGGGGAAGCUUCAUGGAAAACCUGGUAGAACCCGACUUUGGCGCACGUUUCGAUUUUUUAAAAAUUAAUGGAAAGUGAUAUAAAAAAUCUAAAAAAAUCAGUUUUUAGCUAAGAUCCUAAGGUUUAUGUUCGUAAAAAAAUAUUUGAUUUUACUCAAAAUUUGAAAAAGUUGGACUCUCGAGAACACCAAAACUUUUGGUAGGAAAACCGCUCCCAUGCCGCAAAUUUUUGUGUUUGCACAACGAUUUCUCCCGUAAAAAUAUGUUUUAUCAUAUAACUAUGUACGGUCAUUUUGCUCAGAAACUAAUAACGAGUCGAAUGGUAUAUAAAUAUCAGGGGGUUUCAUACAAAAAUCUACAUUGAGAGGCAUUUGUAUGAAAACAUUUCCAAAAUUAUUGUGCGCCACCGCGAUCGAACAGCAGCUAACGGUUUCUUGGCUGGCCUGCGGUGGGCACCCGUGCGGAUGAUGCAACGAAACAAAGCAGCAGAUUUGCCUCACUAACGUUGAUCCGGUAAAAUAGUUGGACACAAAUUGAUUUCAGAAAAAUAUGUAAUUGAUUGCAUGUUGGUUAAUGCACGUGCAGUACACGGAUGAUUUAGUAAUAGAAAUAAUGCAUCUAGACAAAUAAACAAUGGUUACUCAAAUAUAGUGUUUCAGGUAUGGUAAUCGUAUUUACAUAUAUUGCAGUACAAUAUUGAAAAAAAAUCAUUUUUAUUAUUGAGUAGCCUGAGAAAGGAAUGCGCGAUAUUUCUGAUGAAAAAAAAACGCGAUAUCUCGCGUAAUUCGUGAUUAGGGCCUAAAAGCCAUUGGUAACCAAGUGUGUAGCACGAUGCUACCGAGUAGAUGAAUGAAUAAACAAAAAUUUAAACGCCAGCUUGAUCAAGAGGAGACUGUCCUCUAUCUGCCAAUAGGUUAAAUUUUGAUGUUUACCUGCAAUUCUGCACAGAAACAACGAGCUACGCACAUGGUUACCGAUGGUUUUUAGGGCGAGAUCAUAAGUUACACAAGUUAUGAUGAUAAGUUCAGCUGAGGAUCAUUUUGGGGAAUAUAAAUAGGAUUGAAGAAAUCUCGCAGCGGUAAACGUGCGGUUAACCAAUAUUUAGAAGGACCAUGCUGAAAGUGCUGGAUUCGAUUUCCGAACGGUCCAGGAUCUUUGUUGUGAUUAUUUGUGAUUUUUUGUGAUUAUUUAGAAAUUCUAAUGAAUAUUUGAG